AUGAUUGAAGAUCAGCCUUUCUGUAAUGAGUCAGCAGAGCUGUAUGGACAGACUGUGACCUCUCAUGCUUUAAAUGCUGUUGCUGUUUCUUUGUCACUUCUGAUAAUAUGUGGAAAUCUUCUUGUAAUCAUCUCUGUCAUUUACUUCAAGCAGCUCCACACUCCAACAAACUACCUGAUCCUCUCUCUGGCUGUGACUGACCUGCUUCUUGGCAGUUUAGUUUUACCUUUCAGCACAAUAUUGUCUCUGAGUUCAUGUUGGAAUUCAAGUUAUUUACUGUGUAAAAUAAGAGAUAUGUUUGAUAUAUUACUAUGUACAUCGUCUAUUUUAAACUUGUGCUGUAUAUCCAUUGACAGAUAUUAUGCAGUGUGUCAUCCUCUAACAUAUAGGAGUAAAAUGAAUGCUUGCAUUACUGUGACUAUGAUCCUGAUGAGCUGGACGCUUGCAGCUUUAGUUUUGGUUGUUCUUGUGUGUAAAGGAGAGGAGCYAGAGUUCAUUGCAGCCAUUGAAGGAUUUAAGUGGUUAGGAUGGUCCAAUUCUAUGUUAAAUCCUCUGGUUUAUGCUUUUUUCUACAGGUGGUUCAGACGAGCUUUUACUAUGAUCAUUUCUGGUCAAAUAUUYMAAGGAGAUUUUUCCAAURCAAAAUUGUUGUGAUAUAUAAAUAAUUGUGUUAUGGUUAUUAGUUUGUUUCUGGUUUUUCUGUCUCAAUAUUUAGUGUACCAUGCAUGACAAGCCUAUGAAGUAAAACCAAUGGCAAUG